AUGUGUAGUCAGCGUAUUAUGGGCACUUUGCAUACGUGCAACAUCUGCAUCUCUAUUCACACCAAAGCUUACCAGGAACCCCCGUUCGAGCUGAGCGAUGCGGACAAGGAGGUUCUGAACACGGCGGAGGAGGACUUUAUCCCUCAUACCUGGGAGGAAAUCAAAGCAGUCAUCGCUGGCGGCGACAUGUCUCUCUUAAAACGGUCCCCGAUCGACCUCCGCAACUACAUACUCUGGACCAGAGAGAUCCGGGCCAAAUUCGGUUCUGCGACCAAUUUCAUCGUGCAAAACCGGCUGCAGUGGAAGCCGGAGUCUAACGAGUCUAGCACCUUCUUCCCCUAUCGCAAUUCGACCCCUUUUGCGGACCAGUCCGACUAUCGCAUUUUGCGCAACGACUGGCCCUACGGAAUGACCCCUGGAAUGGUGCAUCUCGUCAUCUGGUCGAAGACGCCCAUCGGGGUUGAUGAAGACGGUGAUCCUACUCCCGAGUCCCGCCAGCUCAUCACCGAGUUCAUCACGAGGACAUUUGCGGCACAGAUGCGCCAGAAGAAGCACUCUGGCGACAACAUCCAAUGGUUCAAGAACCGCGCCAAGUGGCAAAGCGUGCGCGCUCUGGAACAUAUUCAUGUUGUCCUUAGAGACGUGGAUGAGGACUUCGUGACCGCUUUGACUGGCCAGCAUCCCAACGAUAUCAACUGCAAAGCGUAUACUCCCUCUAUGGACGGUUGUUCAGAAGAGCUCGUGAACUCUUAUCCGAGCUCACUGCAGCUGCAGCUGGUUCAAGUGUUCUUCCGGCAUGGCGAGAGAGCUCCUAUUAAGAAUGUCUUUUCACCUAUAACCAACUGGGAAGGGUGCUCCCUUUCUGGCCAAUUCCGCGAGCUUGUUAACACAGUCCUCAAGCCCGGCGAAACGCCAUCCUUUAGAGCUGAAAUUAAAUUCGGUGGCGGAAAGGCCCACGAAUGUGCGCCUGGCGACUUGACCGACAUUGGAGUGCAAUCGACAAACCACCUCGGUCGCGAUAUCCGACAGCUUUACGUGGAUCAUCUCCAAUUUCUACCUGAGAGAUUAACCGGGUCCGAGGUGCUGCACCUCCGCUCCACGCGGUAUCCACGGACCUUCCUUUCACUGCAAAGCGUAGUCAAUGGACUCUAUCCCCAGAGCGUCGCGAUGGAACCGGUCCCCGAACUUUCCAAGUUGAAUAAUUUAGCGCCAGCGGCGAUGGGUUUAAAGAAGGGCAUCUAUCUCGACUCUCAGCCAAAUAUCGCCGAUCUACGCGACUCUAUUGCCGCCGCGAUGGCCGCACCUAGUGUAAGAGCAUCGGUCCCGCCUCCCUUCCGUGAUCAGGAUAUCCGCCUUACCCUGCAGAGGAUUGCGGCGGAGCAGGAGCACAUUGGCUUUGCAGACAGCGCCGAAGUUUGUCGUCUCGGGGUAGGACCUCUCUUGACGGAGAUUGUAGACCGCAUGGCAAUGAAGGUGGGCGAAUCCUGCAGGGAAGAGGCGGUGCAUAAAGCACACAACAACAGCCACCCCAGAAUCGCCCUCUUCGGUUGUCACGACACGACAAUUGGGAUGAUCUUGACAUCUCUGGGGAUUAUGAGGGCUCCAGCAUGGCAUUGGCCCCCAUUUACCUCAUCCCUUACGGUGGAAUUGUUUAAGUCUUGCGAAGCGUGUCAAGGCGGAGCUAUCGAUAAAGACAGAGAGAUCUCAGACGGAGAUCAGCAAGGCAUGUCUCGGAAGCAGAAACAGUCUAUUCUUCGUGCGUCUGCAUUACAAUGGACGGUCGAUACGAGUUCCUGCGUGCGCAAGCAGCCAGGGAAGCACCUAGCAGGCAAUGAGGAAUUUUGCACCCUUUGCUGUGCCAUCCACUAUGCCGUAGAUGGCAACUCGCGGUUCUUCAAGCAGGACCAGGAGGAAGACCAGGUGGUUUGUGGCGCUCAAAAGAUUCGUCACUUGCAGCAUGCACUAUUACUUCUUGAACAGAAUCAUCCCAUCGCGCGGUACGCCACUAUGCAUAUCGAUUUUGACAAGGUCUUCUCUAAUGGCUACUUUCCUUCUGAAGAUGGCCGGCUCAAAUCGCUGCCCGGCGUGAAAAAUAUUCUGGUGACAGGAGGCGCCGGGUUCAUCGGUGGGUGGUUUGUCCGCCAUAUGGUCCAGGUGCAUGGCGACAGCUACGUUGUCAUUUGCUUUGAUAAUCUCGAAUAUUGCGCCUCGAUGAACAACUUCAGUGUUAUCAAGCAUCUGCCCAACUUCCACUUUGUCAAGGGAGACAUCUGCAGCGCACAAGAUGUCGAAAGGGCACUGCAGAAAUACAAUGUCGACGCGAUUGUUCACUUUGCCGCCAGCUCCCAUGUCGACAAUUCAUUUAGCGAUCCGCUAUUGUUCACAAGAACAAAUGUCAUCGGCACCCAAGUCGUGCUCGAGGUUGCUCGGAAGCUGGGCUCCAUUAAACGAUUCAUCCAUGUUUCCACCGAUGAGGUGUAUGGCGAGAACGAUGCCAAAAACGCCUGUAUAUAG